GAAGGCCGGUUUGCCAGACAUACUCUGACUGGACAUGCCCAGUUGUGUGGGUAGCUAACGUUAGCUAGCAAGUGUGAGUCAAACGGCGCCAUAAACUCACUGGGAUGCAUUGUUGCUAGCUAGCGGUAGCUAGCUUUUUCUGAUUUCCUGUCGCUGGUGUGUAGGGGACUUCGGUUGGCAUAAAAUAGCUUACGUUACAACCAUGGAAAUCGACAAACUUUUGGAGGGUUUUACGGUUUCCUAUUUUCAUGCAUCUACGUUCAGACUUCGAGAAGAAAGGGAAGAAAGAUGCCUGCCCUGCCCUGGAUCAAUUUCUGUGUCAUGUCGCCAAAACGGGAGAAACGAUGAUUUCAUGGUCACAGUUCAAAAGUUAUUUCCUGUUCAAACUUGAGAAGGUAAUGGAUGACUUCAGAGCCUCGACACCAGACCAGCGAGGGCCAGCCAAUCCUAAUGUGGAGUACAUUCCAUUUGAAGAGAUGAAGGAGAGGAUUCUCAAAAUCGUAGAAGGAUACAACGGGAUUCCGUUCACCAUCCAGCGUCUGUGUGAGUUACUGACUGAGCCAAAGAGGAACUACACAGGAACAGACAAGUUCCUCAGGGGAGUGGAGAAGAAUGUGAUGGUGGUGAGCUGUGUGUGUCCUACGUCAGAGAAAAAUGGGGCAACCAGUGUAAAUAGAAUGAAUGGAGUGAUGUUCCCUGGCAAUACCGCUAUUUAUUCAGAAAGUAGGAAUGUAAAUGGACCAGGCACCCCAAGGCCACUGAACAGACCAAAGCUAUCACUAUCCACCUCUCUGGCUACAAAUGGUCUCCCUGACAGCACAGACGAUAAGGAGCCACUCACAGAACAAGAGGAGGAGCAUGUUGUCAGUGAUUCCUCGGUAUCGGAAAGUGAUGCCACACAGAGCAGUCCGAUGAAGACCAAGCAUCCGGAAGAGGAUGCAACGGAGGCAGAGAGCCACGAAGUCAAGAGGCUGAAGUUUGACAAAGACAUGGAUGAAGAGGAUGAGGUAGACAAGGAGAUGUCAUGUCCUGCACCUGCCCAAAGUUCAUCAGACAUGCCAGAAUCGUCAACAGAUGUUGUUGAGGAAGAAAAAGACAAGUCUGCUGAUAUGCUCACCACAGACGAUCAUGAGCCCUCCAGUACUCAGACAGAAGAUCCCUUUGAUGACGAGGAAGAGACAUCAGAGAGGGAGGCUGAGUAUGGCCCCACCCACAGACUAAAGAGUGACAACACCAUGGACCAGUCACUGAGCAAGCUGCUCCUCUCAGGGAAUGAUCUGAGUUUAGAGGAACAGGAGGAAGGUGAUUGCAGUGACCCAGUAAGUAGCAGCAGUAGCAGCAAUGGGGAGGGAGCACCCAGUGAAGAGCCUAUCCCCUCUGCCUCUCCCAGCAGUACAGCUGAGUCGUUGGCAGAGGGCGCUGCUAAAGAAAACUGUUCAGAAAGCUCAGAGACUGCAGAUGAGCCCAUGGAACAGGACUAACCUGAGGCUGAGGCCCCCCCCCCCCAACAUUACUUUACACUGUAUAUUGACACUGUACCAAACCCAGGAGAUCUCUGUACCACAAUGGACCUGUAAUCUCCCAGCACAGGGAGGCUUUUUGUGUGAGGCCCCAGAGGAUUUUCACCCUCAGGUCUCUUCACGCCUUGUAAGACCCACCCACCUCCUGACGGCCACGCAUCAGUCCGUUUUUAAAAACUGGAACUUAUCAUUUAAAGUUCCCCUCCAGCUAGAUUUUUUUUAAAGCCUGUGGCAUUCAAAAAAAACGACUCAGCUGUACUUUUUUUAUCAUCUUGAUAGUUUUUAUUUCUCUCAUGGAUCACUGUAAUUUUAAUAUUUACUGCUAUUUUAGACACCAGUUCUAAAGCUGCUUGGUUAACAUUGUCAUAAGGAAUGAAUCAGCCACUUCUGUGUGUUUGUUGUGAUCUCAAUCUGUGGUGAAAGUAUCAUGUUGGCCGGCCCAGUUACGGUCUCCUCUGGAUCUGUGGGAUGCCUUGGGUUUUCCCUUGGUAAAGCUACCGUUCACAUCUAUGUUUAAAUUUCUAGUGUAGUUGUCCAUACUUUGGAAUGUAAAGUAUGAAGGAUUGUCCAUGACACACAUCUGUUCCAUAAAACCACUGGAAGCCCUUGCCCUGCAAGUUUGGUAAUCUUGCAAAGUAAACAUACCGAAACCAUGGAUUGCAACCAAUCCUCAUGUACUAUUGCACUCUGAUUGAACAAAACAGUGCUUUCAGAAAGUAUUCAUACCCCUCGACUUAUUGAAAAAAAAUAAUUACAGCUUAAAUUCAAAAUAGCUUAAAUGUUAACACACAAUAACCCAGAAUGAAAACACAUUUUUAGAAGUCUUUGCAAAUUUAUUGAAAAUGAAAUAAAUAUCUAACUUAAAGGUAUACACACCCCUUUGUUAUGUCACACCAAACUGAGCUCAGGAGCAGCCAACUUCCUUUGAUCAUCCUUGAGCUGUCACUACAACUUGAUUGUAGUCCACCUGUGGCUGAUUAAUUUGUUUGGACAUGAUUUAGAAAAACACCUGUCUAUAUAAGGUUCCACAGUUGACAGUUCAUGUCAAAGCAGAAACUAUUACCAUGAAGUCCAAGGAACUGUCCGUAGAGUGCCGAGACACAUAUCUGGGGGAAGGGUAUAAAACAAUUUUAGAGUUUUUGCGAGCACAGUGGUCUCUUAUCAUUGGGACAUUGAAAAAAAUAUAGAAUUACCCAGACUGCCUAGCUCUAGCUAGCCGGAAGGUUUUGAUUUUUUAUUAUUUAACUAGGCAAGUCAGUUAAGAACAAAUUCUUAUUUUCAAUGACGGCCUAGGAACAGUGGGUUAACUGCCUGUUCAGGGGCAGAAUGACGGAUUUAUACUUUGUCAGCUCAGGGAUUAGAACUUGCAUCCUUCCGGUUACUAGUCCAACACUCUAACCACUAGGCUAUCCUGCUGUUCUCAGAAGCCAGAAGUCUUUGCGCACUUCACCAAUCUGAGCUUUAUGGGAGCGUGGCCAGACGGAAGCCGCUCCUAACAAAAAGGGACAUGAUGGAAGGCCUGGAGUUUGCAAAAAGGCAUAUGAAAGACGGAGCAUAAGGCAAAAGAUUCUGUUGUCUGAUGAGAAACAAAUUGGCCUGAAUGCAAAGCGCUUUGUCUAGAGAGAAACAGGGACAGCUAAUCACCUAUCUAACACCAUCCCUACUGUAUAGCGGUGGUGGCAGCAUCUUGCUAUAGGGAUGCUUUUCAGUGGCAGGGAUUGAGAGACUGGUAAGGAUACCGCGAACAAUGAAUGGUGUCAAAUCCCUAAUGAGAACCUGCUUCAGAGUGCAAAUGACCUUGGACUGGGGUGAAGAUUUACAUUCCGACAGGACAAUGACCCCAAGCGCAUAGCCAAAGCAAUGCUGGAAUGACUUCAGAACAAGAGUUUGAAAGUCCUUGAGUGGCUUAACCAAAGCCCAUUGAAAAUCUAUGGAAAGACUUGAAGAUUGCUGUUCACCGCCACUUUCCAUUUAACUUAACAGAGCUUGAGAAAAUCUGCAAGGGCGAAUGGAAAUCCCCAAAUCCAGAUGUGCAAAGCUGAUGCAGACGCACCCAAGACGACACAAAGCUGUAAUCGCCACCAAAGGUGUUUUUGACUCGGGUGUGAAUACUUAUAAUUUACAUAUGUAUUUAUGAUUCAAUACAUUUGCAAAAAUAAAUGUUUUCACUUUGACAUUAUGGGGUAUUUUGUGUAGGAAAAUUGAAUUUGGGCUUUAACCCAACAAAAUGUGGAAUAGGUUGAGGGGAAUGAAUACUUUCUGACAGCACUGUAUAGCUGUGAACAAAUUGCUCUGAACAUUCCAGGAGCAAUCUCAUCGUUCUCUACCUUCUCACCUGUUGCUAAGUCUUCCAAAACAUCAGAAGACAAUAAUAUUGGCAAUUUCCUGAUUUCUGUUGUCUGACAGUAUUGAGUGAAUGCUUUUGUUUGUUGACCACAGUUACUGUCAGUUUUUGUGUCCGAUUUACUCAAAUGGUAAGAAAACAUGGUUUACUUUAGUUCUCACAAUCUUUUCAAUUGAAUAAAAUUACAUUUGUCAAAUUGAAAUGUCAAUAUCAGCACUAAAUGUCAUUGAUCACAAGAAUCUUGUUUGAUUUUAUUUUGAGAGUUUACUGGCUGCCAUAUCUUUACCAGUUUCUGCAACUGUCUUUUUAUAUAUUAGGAUAAACAUUUCUGUAAAGUAGAUUUUGUAGAUUGUAAUAUGUGUUCACUGCCUUUGUGAAACCGAUUGACAUCUCUGUAAAUUGAAUGAUUAGCUUUCAGCACAGUAUUCAUAUGAAGCAAUAAAUGCUAACAUUUUAAGUGUGGGGUUUGCUUAAUUUGUAUCAGUACGUUUUCCAAGUAAAUUUUGCCAACUGAAUACA